AUGGUCACAGAAGUUCCUGAUAAUUUUAAACCAAAGUUUAGAGUCAGUUUCGAUCCAAUUGCUACAAACACGGUAGAAAUUAAGUGGGGUGACUCGUUCGAAAAGGUUAAAAGUAAAAUUGAGGAGAACUUAAAUAUUACUGUCAAUCAUAUUGCUAGUAUUCGAUAUAUACAACCGGGAGGAG